AUGGCCCUGCGUCUGGCAGGCCAGUUGACUUCCAUCCCUGUUACUCCUUUGCGUCUUGCGGGAAAGCUGCCUCGCUACAUCCUCUUUGCCCACAUGCUCUGUAACGACACAGUUCAGUUGGUGCUGUCCCCUGUGUUCUACAUGUUAUUUCAAUUUUGGCAGAAGAUCCCCAAGUUUAUUUGUUCAUUUUUGAUUUACUUGGCAGCAACCACAGCUAAUAUUUCUCCUUUAAGCCUAGGUGUGAUGUCACUUGAGCGCUAUGUGGCUAUUUGUUUCCCUUUACAUCAUAACGAGAUGGUCACACAGAGAAUGACGGGCGUCUCAAUUGCAGUAAUCUGGUUCUUAGGCUGCAUAAGUGUGGUGAUAGAUAUUCUAUACGCACUGAUAUUGGAUCCGCUGUCUUAUAACGAACCCAUGUACUGUACUCGAGAGAUGUUUACUUUUUCCCAAUGGCAAAGAGAUGUGUUUCAAGGACUCGCUGGGUUUUUCUUUGUUGCAGUAACAGUUAUUAUUGUUUUUACUUAUGUCAGUGUUAUUGUGGCAGCUCGAUCUGCCUCAGCAGAUAAAGAAUCUGUUAAGAAAGCUUGGAGAACAGUCCUGCUACAUUUUGGCCAGUUAAUACUUUGUCUAAACAGUCUGUUGUAUGGAACUUUUGAGAGAGCCCUUAUUAUGGUCAGCAGCCGACACCUGUUCAUAAAUCUCCGCAUUGUGAACUUUCUUGUUGUUCUCAUUUUACCUCGGUGCCUGAGCCCCCUGAUCUACGGCCUGAGAGACGAUGCUGUACGUCCCUUAUUCCUCUACUAUGUCAGGUGUGGAACCCAAAAGGUCAAGCCCUCUGUAACUACACACUGA